AUGGAUAAGCUGAGAUUUUGUGACGGGUUAGUCACCACUGAAGAGAAAAAGAUAUAUUAUUAUUACAACAUGUUGAGUGCUGAAUACCGGGAGUUCACGACUCCAUCAAAGUAUGAAACCCUCACAGAGAUCAUUAACACCGCCCGGGAGCGGGAGAUCGAGUUAAAGAGGCAAAUUGAGAGGGGCGAACGAAGGGCGCAGGAUGUGAAUCCGAGCCCUACAAAGAAAGCUCGAACUGUUGAAUCAGGAAAGAAGGCGGAUGUGAAUGGUGGGUCACCAAAUUGCAAAGUGUGUAGAAAAGGGCACAAGGGUGAGUGCCGCUUCAAAGACAAGCCGUGUCCUAUAUGUGGGAAGACGGGGCACACGACAUCUUUAUGCCCGGGUAAAGUCUCCGUUUGUUACAAAUGCUAUCAACCCUGCCACCAAAAGUCUGAAUGCCCAGACUUAGUUGGAAAGAAAGAAGUUAAAGAAUAUCCAACAGAAGCUUCGAAGGCGAAGGCCAGGUCCUUCCAACUUACAACGGCUGAAGCGAAAACAGAACCCGAUGUGGUCUCAGAAGUUGAAAUAGGGGACAACAGAAGUUUUAUAGUUUGUGAUGUUUGUCGAGGAUGCAAAUUAAGCAUCGAUGAUGAGGAAUACUUGAUAGAUUUAAUCCCAAUGUCGAUGGGGGAGUUUCAAGUAGUUGUUGGGAUGGAUUGGCUAUCUCAGCACCACGCUAAGGUCGUGUGUUUUCGUAAGGAGAUAAAGUUAACAUCUCCGAGUGGAAAACACGUCACCAUCUAUGGCGAAAAAGGCGGUAAUCCUAUAAUAUUCUCGAUGUUGAAAGCUUACAAGCUCAUGAAGCAUGGAUGUAAGGCGUUUAUGAUAUACGUGAAUGAGCCCGAGAAAGAGUCACUGAAGAUAGGAGACGUACCGGUGGAAUAA